UAGCGAGCGCGAAUUGAGUCGCGCGCGAUCGGUUCGCGCGUGUGCCACGGACGGAGCGAGGGAUUAAUACGAGUUGUGUGCUCUCUCAGUGUGUGUCGCGCGGAAGAAGACGUGUCGGAGGGCAUCGGACGGUGCGAGACGUGUGACACGCGCCGCGACGCGCGCAGCAGGUAGCCGGAGUAAACGUCAACUACUACGUCAAGCCCGAGCGCCACCGGCUUGUUGUCAAGAUGGCGUCCAAGGGGAAGCUGGAUAUCGAGCAUGGCCGCUCAGACUCGUACAGGGUCGCCACGUUACCCAACAUUCGUGACGACAACAAAACCGCAGAUGGGAUGUACAAGUCGCGGCGGAAGAAUCCAAAAGCGCGGAGGGGGGACAACCUAGAUGACCUGAAGCAAGAGUUGGAUAUUGACUUCCACAAAGUCUCACCCGAGGAACUGUAUCAAAGAUUUCAGACGCACCCCGAAAACGGCCUCAGCCACGCGAAAGCGAAGGAGAACCUGGAAAGGGACGGGCCGAACGCCCUGACGCCGCCGAAGCAAACUCCGGAAUGGGUCAAGUUCUGCAAGAACCUGUUCGGCGGUUUCGCCCUCCUAUUGUGGAUCGGCGCGAUCCUCUGCUUCAUCGCGUACUCGAUCCAGGCCUCGACCAGCGAGGACCCGAACGACGACAAUCUCUAUCUGGGCAUCGUCCUCGCGGCGGUCGUAAUAGUCACGGGUAUAUUCUCGUACUACCAGGAGAGUAAGUCAAGCAAGAUUAUGGAGUCGUUCAAGAACAUGGUGCCGCAAUUCGCCACCGUAAUCCGGGAGGGUGAGAAGCUCACCCUACGGGCGGAGGAUCUCGUGUUGGGCGACGUCGUCGAGGUUAAAUUCGGCGAUCGGAUACCAGCCGAUAUCAGGAUUAUUGAAGCCCGUGGAUUUAAGGUGGACAACAGCUCACUGACGGGCGAGUCUGAACCGCAAUCGAGGUCGCCCGAGUUCACGAACGAGAACCCGCUCGAAACGAAGAAUCUCGCGUUCUUCUCGACUAAUGCGGUGGAAGGCACGGCCAAAGGCGUAGUGAUCUGUUGCGGCGAUCAGACGGUGAUGGGGAGGAUCGCAGGUCUCGCGUCCGGCUUAGAUACCGGUGAGACACCGAUCGCCAAGGAGAUUCAUCACUUUAUACACCUCAUUACCGGUGUCGCUGUCUUCCUCGGCGUCACAUUCUUUAUCAUAGCCUUCAUUCUGGGUUAUCAUUGGCUUGACGCCGUCAUCUUCCUAAUCGGUAUUAUUGUGGCGAAUGUACCGGAGGGUCUUCUCGCUACUGUGACUGUGUGCCUCACUCUGACCGCCAAGCGAAUGGCCUCGAAGAACUGCCUGGUGAAGAAUCUCGAGGCUGUGGAAACUUUAGGCUCGACUUCGACCAUCUGCUCGGACAAAACUGGAACCCUCACGCAAAAUCGUAUGACGGUGGCGCACAUGUGGUUCGACAAUCAGAUUAUCGACGCCGAUACCACAGAAGAUCAGUCUGGCUUGCAAUAUGACCGCACUAGUCCAGGAUUUAAGGCGUUGGCGAAGAUUGCGACCCUGUGCAAUCGUGCCGAGUUCAAGCCGGGCCAGGAGGGUGAACCGAUUUUGAAGCGAGAAGUUAACGGCGAUGCCUCUGAAGCUGCGUUGCUCAAAUGUAUGGAACUGGCGUUGGGCGAUGUCAUGGGCAUUAGAAAACGCAACAAGAAAGUCUGCGAGAUUCCUUUCAAUUCUACUAAUAAAUAUCAGGUAUCCAUACACGAAUCGGACGAUCCCAAUGAUCCUAGACAUCUCUUGGUGAUGAAGGGUGCUCCCGAGAGGAUAUUGGACAGGUGCUCGACCAUAUUUAUUGGCGGCAAAGAAAAGGUUCUCGACGAAGAAAUGAAGGAGGCGUUCAAUAACGCGUACUUGGAAUUGGGCGGACUCGGCGAACGAGUGCUCGGCUUCUGUGAUUACACACUGCCGUCCGACAAGUUCCCGGUUGGCUUCAAAUUCAAUGCCGACGAACCCAAUUUCCCAGUCGAUGGACUCCGUUUCGUAGGCCUGAUGUCUAUGAUUGAUCCGCCUCGGGCCGCGGUACCCGACGCGGUCGCCAAAUGCCGGUCCGCCGGCAUCAAGGUCAUCAUGGUUACCGGUGACCACCCGAUCACUGCCAAAGCCAUUGCCAAAUCCGUCGGCAUCAUCUCUGAAGGUAACGAAACCAUUGAGGACAUUGCACAACGGUUAAAUAUCCCAGUAUCCGAAGUAAAUCCUCGCGAGGCUAAAGCCGCGGUCAUUCACGGAACCGAACUCAGGGAACUGAACUCCGACCAAUUGGACGAGAUUCUCAGGUACCACACCGAAAUUGUGUUCGCCCGUACUUCCCCUCAGCAGAAGCUCAUCAUCGUCGAAGGCUGCCAGCGAAUGGGUGCGAUUGUUGCUGUAACUGGCGACGGUGUCAACGACUCGCCUGCUCUGAAAAAAGCCGACAUUGGUGUCGCUAUGGGCAUCGCUGGUUCGGACGUCUCCAAACAAGCAGCCGACAUGAUUUUACUGGAUGACAACUUUGCUUCGAUUGUAACAGGCGUGGAGGAGGGUCGUUUGAUCUUUGACAACCUAAAGAAGUCCAUCGCCUACACCCUGACCUCGAAUAUACCCGAAAUCUCGCCUUUCCUGGCAUUCAUUCUCUGCGACAUCCCUUUGCCGUUGGGUACCGUCACCAUUCUUUGCAUCGAUUUAGGAACUGACAUGGUACCCGCCAUCUCGCUAGCCUACGAGGAGGCAGAGAGCGAUAUUAUGAAGCGACAACCACGAAACCCCUUCACUGACAAGCUAGUUAACGAAAGGCUUAUUUCGAUGGCAUACGGUCAAAUCGGUAUGAUUCAAGCCGCGGCCGGCUUCUUCGUCUACUUUGUCAUCAUGGCUGAGAAUGGAUUCCUGCCUCUGUAUCUGUUUGGCAUUCGAAAGCAAUGGGACUCUAAGGCUAUCAAUGAUCUUACUGACAGCUAUGGUCAGGAAUGGACGUAUAGAGACCGUAAAACACUGGAGUUCACCUGCCAUACUGCUUUCUUCGUGUCGAUCGUAAUUGUGCAGUGGGCUGAUCUGAUUGUUUGCAAAACGCGUCGCAACUCAAUUAUUCACCAAGGUAUGAGAAACUGGGCUCUGAACUUUGGCCUCGUGUUUGAGACCGCCCUCGCUGCGUUCCUAAGUUACACGCCCGGUAUGGAUAAAGGUCUUCGUAUGUUCCCAUUAAAAUUCGUAUGGUGGCUACCAGCCCUGCCGUUCAUGUUUGCUAUCUUCAUCUACGACGAAACGAGACGAUUCUACCUUCGUCGAAAUCCAGGCGGCUGGCUCGAGCAAGAAACUUACUAUUAGACGCAAAAAAGGAUUAAAUCACACACAUGCAGAACGCGCGCGCAAGAGGAUGAAUGAAUAAACGAAAGAAUGAGAGCAAGAAGCAGAGGGCGAGAGAAGAAGGAAGAGAGGGGGGGGGAG